AAACUCCAACAAAGGCACCUUUAUUUUCCUCUUUCCAAAGCCACCCCUCCAUAUGACCUAAUUACCUCCUACUCUAUUUUCUUCUGUAGUAGUUGUAUUCUUCCUCUGUUGUUUUUAGGUGACAACUCUAAAGCCAUUACCAUGAUCAAAUCAAACACAUGGUACCUCUUUUCCUCCCAAAAGACCAAAAGCAAAUUUUAAAAUCUUACAUUCCUUCUCUCUCCUUCUCUCAGACCAUCCUCUCACCUGCACCAUCUUCUCUUUCUUGAUUUUGCAUUCAUCCACACUCACCGCUUUCCCCCAAAGAAACCCUAAUUUUCUCUCUCAUUAAACUCUAAAAGUUGUUUCUCUCUCUAAACUUCACACACAUUUCCUUUCGAGUUAUACAAUUUCUAUGACCUUCGAUCAUUUCAGUGACUUCUGAUACUACCAUUCAUUUGUAUGUAUGAUCUGAGUACUCUCUAGCGUAUCUGCUCUGGGACUGCAAUGUCAGAGGAUUUGCUUCUACAUUUUUCUUCGAACUCUUCCAACCAAUCCGACCAGUCUACAAAGAUUGCAAAGCUUGAAGCCCGGAUGGUUGGCAAGCCUUCCUUGGCCGCUCCUGCCCCUGCACAGGCCACACGGUCCUCUGUUUCGUCUGCGACGAAGUUUGAGGUUGCUGAUGUGGAGGAUUCGGCAGAUUGCAGUGAUUGUGAUACUGAUGAAGAUAAUGUAGCGGGGUGGUGCGUUAUUGCAAACACUCAGAAGCGCCAAAAACUUGAAGAAAAUGACAGCUCAACUGCUUUUGAAGAUGUUGAGGCAGUGGCCGACAUGAAGCAAAAACAUGUAGAAACUGUGGACGCCAAAGCAGUUUCUGAUUUACAUAGGAAAAAGCGAAACCGUGGUAAAGGAAAUUCUGUGUCUGGUAGAGGACGUGGUUCCAGAGUUAAUGAUCAGACAAGAACACAAAUACCCCCUUCAACAAUUCCACCGUCAAAUGGUCAGCUUGAGAACUCCUAUCACCAGGAUGGUUGGCCCAAAGAGCAACUUAGGAAUGACAAUCGCUCUUCAUUAGAGGAAGAGAUCACGUCCUUACAUGCAAAAGUUGCAUCAUUAGAGGAGGACCUUCGGAAAUCACGUCAAGAGGUUUUGGAGUAUCAGCAUCUUUGCCGCCAGUUAGAAAAGGAACUGAAGGACCUCAAAGAUCACGAACAGCAAAUGAAGCCGAAGAGAAUGAAAGUAUUAUCUGACCUUUUGAUAUCUGUUUCAAAAGCUGAGAGACAAGAAGCAAGGGCUAAAGUACGGCAGGAUUCUCUGAGACUUGGCAAUGUGGGUGUAAUCAGAGCUGGAACUGUCAUUUCUGAGACAUGGGAAGAUGGUCAGACUCUGAAGGACCUCAGUGCUCAUCUUAGGCAUUUGUUAGAAAUGAAGGAAGCUGUUGAGCGUCAGCGGAAAUCGUUGAAGAAACGACAAUCUGAUAAAGGCGAUGGAAUUGACACAGAAAUAGGUGUUCAGGAAGAAGAUAUUCUCAUACAGGAUGAAAUCUAUAAAUCACGUCUAGCCAGCAUCAAGCGUGAAGAAGAGGCUUUAAUUCGUGAGAGGGACCGAUAUGAACUUGAAAAGGGAAGACUUAUACGUGAAAUGAAACGCAUACGAGAUGAGGAUGGUUCACGUUUUAACAAUUUUCAAAUUUUGAGUCACCGAUAUGCUCUCUUAAACCUUCUUGGAAAAGGAGGAUUUAGCGAGGUUUACAAGGCUUAUGACUUGGUGGAGCAUAGAUACGUUGCAUGUAAGCUUCAUGGUUUGAAUGCUCAGUGGAGUGAAGAAAAGAAGCAAAGUUACAUACGACAUGCAAUCCGGGAAUACAACAUUCACAAGACCUUGGUGCACCGUCACAUUGUGCGGCUUUGGGACAUUUUCGAGAUUGACCAAAAUACAUUCUGCACUGUCUUAGAGUAUUGUAGUGGUAAAGACCUUGAUGCUGUGCUUAAAGCAACACCUAUACUACCGGAGAGAGAAGCUAGGAUCAUUAUUGUUCAAAUAUUUCAAGGCCUUGUAUACUUGAAUAAAAGAACACAUAAGAUUAUCCAUUAUGAUUUGAAGCCCGGGAAUGUUCUGUUUGAUGAACUUGGUGUUGCCAAAGUGACUGACUUUGGUCUUAGCAAGAUAGUGGAGGACGAUGUUGGAUCCCAGGGUAUGGAACUAACAUCCCAGGGAGCUGGAACCUAUUGGUAUCUUCCUCCAGAAUGCUUUGAGCUAAGCAAGACUCCUCUCAUAUCAUCAAAGGUUGAUGUUUGGUCAGCUGGUAUUCUAUUUUACCAAAUGCUCUUUGGCAGACGUCCUUUUGGGCAUGACCAAACCCAAGAGAGAAUUUUACGUGAAGACACCAUUAUCAAAGCCCGCAAGGUGGAAUUCCCUUCGAGACCUGCUGUCUCAAACGAAGCAAAGGAAUUUAUUCGCCGUUGUUUAACAUAUAACCAGGCAGAAAGGCCAGAUGUACUAUCUAUUGCUCUGGAUCCAUACCUCACAUACACAAAGAAAUAAUACCCAACCAAUAUACACUGAAGAUGGGGCACCUUGGCCUAAAGGAUCAUGACAGUAGAGAGUUCCCUUUUUCAACAUGAAUCGAGGAGAUAUACCAUAAUACACAGAAAAUUUUGUAUAGGUUGUAAAGCUUCUUGUAAUUUUCUCCUCCCUGUUUUUGUACCCAAAACUUAGGGUUCUGUUUUUCUCCCUCAGCAUUAAGUCUCAUUCGUUGCCUGGAUUGUGUUCUGUUGAAAGCAACAUUUCUUUUUCUUCGAAAAACGUAUAGAAGGAAGAAAAGAAGUAGACUGUAUUGGAUGUAUUCAUAAUUUAUGUUUUAGAUAAUUUAUUUUGUAUGUUCACAGUU